CAAAAAAUUCAAACUGACAAAUUGUGGAAUAUCCACAAGACAACAAUAACAAAAAACAAAGGUAUCCAAGGAAGAGCACAAACAGUUGAAAAGUAUUUUGUGACUAGGUAUUGAUUUUUAUUAUAAAGAUUAAUUCCUAUGACAAAUACUAGGGAGUAUUUGUUGCCCUUGUGUUGUUGUGUAAUAUAAUGUGCAAUUUUUUUAUAAACCAUGCACCCUGGAGAUCAGCGACGAAGGUCACCGGCUACAAUAUUGCCCGCAAUCGAAACUUUACAACGAAAUGUUCGCAAGGCCCCGACAUAUUAUUCCAGGAAAUCCAGAGAUAUUCCUUUUCACUUACCCCACAAAAAGUUGCUGGCUAAAAUUGAGUUUGUAAAAGAAAAACCUGAACCAUUGACAGGUUUUGAUGGAGCUCAACAAGACCGAUUCAGGAGAGAGAAAAAAGAUUACGAACCUGUCAAGGCUGAGGAAGCUCCAGUGCAAAAAAAGAAAAGAAUUCAAAUAAAAAUACGUGAACCUAGAAGGGAGAGUAGUGAACAGAAAAUUGAAUAUGUGACUACAGACCCAUUAAAGGUCAAACCAGAAGUUGCUUCUCAAAAAGAAGUCAUAGACUUUGUACGGAAGCAUCCAUCUUGUGGUUUUCUUUAUAUGAUAUAUGCUGUGCAUCCUGAAAAUGUUUACUUCACACCUUAUUACCUCAAUGUGGUGCCCUACGAAGGAAUCGACAGGAAAAACUAUCUAACCAUUAGCCCAUGUGGAGUAACGCACUAUACCAAUGAAAUGGUAUUCACAAAACUUCCCGAUUGGGAGCAGGAGUAUACAAUAUUUGUGAAGCUUACUGAUAUUAAGUUCUUUAAAGUAUACAGAUAUUGGAAAGCGUUUUACGUGUGGCGGAAAUCCAUACUUUUCCGGAAGUAUAGUAAAAUACGUGCCAAGAUCGCGAAGAAUUUGUUUAUUCUCACUCCAGUUCUAGGGAAGGCGUUACUCAGCGUUCAGGCCAUGUGUUGCGAGAUGUAUAUGAAAACCUUCGCCGAUUUGUCCCGUGAUAUGGAUACUGCAUUUUUUUACUUCAUUGAAGUGCAAAUGAAACGUGUCGAAUAUAUUCGAGAAAAAUUAUCCGAAUUCCGAACAGUUGUGCUGGACAUCGUGACCCAGGCAUGCCACACAGCACUGUACCAGCAAGGCUUCGUGUAUGAUGACCGUAACAUACCGCCGUUUCAGAUUAUACGAGGGAAGCCCACUGGUGGCAUGUCUUACACGGAGAAGGCGAAUAAAAGGAAAUACUGCGAGCGAUUAGCUGCUUUCACCAAGCUGAUAGAUUAUAUGACAAACUACAUGCUGUACCGACUAACGAAGCGCUCCAACUCCAUGAUGGCCAACAUGCUGCGUAAGCAUGUAGAGUACACUCCCGAUAUGAAACUGCUCGAAGGCACAGAGGUGGAUGAAGUUCUUGAAGUCGUACCAAGACCUAUCGAAACUUGCAAGUGGGCCUUAUUCCAAGUGGAUGCUUAUGUACAAGUUAAUGGACAGGUCGAACUUAAUCCCAGCCAAAAGGUAAUGAUGACGUACUUGGAGCGCAUCACGAACUACUGGGAUCAGUACGUGAGGACCUUCCACAACUUUCUCAACGAAGAAUCACUCCAGAUAUUCGUCCAACCAACAAUUAUGGGCAAACAGGUGGAAUGGUCAGCAGGAGUGUCGCCAAACCUGUACUUCCUAAUGAACCAGGAUAAACAAAUGCUAGAUGACAUAGCAUUCAUACCAUUUUCAAUUCAAAACGCGUAUGACUGUGUCUGGGUCUUCCUCAGACGUAUGAACGAUUUCAUGGACAAUUUCAGAGAAGCUCACGAGAUGAAUACUGACGACAUAAAGCAAGAGAGAGACACGGUGCAGUUUAGGUUUCUGUGCGAGAAGUUUAACAAGCAAAUGAAUGACAUAGAGGAUGUGGUCAGCUACCAGCCGCUCGGGUUGAUAUUCUUGUGCUUGUGUCCCUUCCAGGAGUUGUUCAGGCCGCAACCCAGGAGGCUGUUUGAUGUUGUAACCACUACUACUCCAGAUAUUGGACGAGACUGCAUUGAUGAAAUUUUGGCUGGAAUAGAUAACAUAACAGAAGAUAUCACUAAGGAACCAGAAACAGCCGGCGAGCUGGUGGCAUUUAAUUUUAUGAUGGACGGUCUCGAAGGCCGCGUGGUGUUUCUAGAAGAGCGACUGGAAUACCUUCGGGAACUGUACGAUCUCAUGGGAGAGUUCAACAUACCCAUACCCCCUGAUGACAUGACUGAGUAUUUGGGGUUGAGUGUCGCGUUGGGCACGUUACGGACGAACGUAGACGCUCGUCUGGAGACGCGUUCGAAGUUGGCCGGCCUGUUUGCCAGCCAAAUCGGGAAAGACAUAAUGGACCUCAUGAUGGACGUCAAUAAGCUCCGAGAUGAAGUCGCGGCACCAUGGUUGUAUGAUGAAAAAUCGGACAUGGAGACAGUAAUGGAAACUCUCAAUGAUCUUGCUGAAAAGCUGGCAGCUUGCUCGGCACGCGAGAAACAAAUACGUGACUGGCAAAAAAUCUUCAAGAUACCACCAGCGAGGUUUGAGGCAUUGGAUGAAGCUAUAAACGAUGUAAAACUUAGACAAUCCCUUUGGAGAUCGUCUAGAGAGUGGAUGGACUUGUUUCAUUCAUGGGGUGACGCCCCUUUCAACACCUUGGAUAUGGAGGAAAUACAAAAUACAACCAUUGCUUACGGCAAAAUAUUCAACCAACUUGACAAAGGAAUGCCGCCGAAUAAAAUUCUGCCUAGAUGCAAAGAAACCAUUGAUAUUAUCAAGGAAAAGAUUCCCGUGAUGUCGUAUCUACGGAAUCCGGCGCUGAAGCCCCGGCACUGGGUGAAGAUCGAGGAGAUCCUGCACACGCGUUUCACACCGGAGACGCAGAUGACGCUGCACCUGUUCGAAGAGCUGCAAGCGUUCCAGCAUGCAGAGGAGCUGAUGGAGGUCGCCGGCCAGGCCAGCUCCGAGGCCGGACUCGAGGCUCUGCUCAAAAAGGUGGAGGAGAUGUGGGCAGCCCUGGAGUUCCCAGUGCUGCUGCACAAGGACGCCCGCGACGUUUAUGUGUUGGGGGGGCUGGAGGAGAUCCAGGCGGCGCUGGACGAGAGCAACAUACACAUUGGCACCAUACUCAGCUCGCGGAACUGCGGCCCGAUCAAGAGCAGGGUUGAGGAGUGGGCCAAGAACCUGGACUUGUUCGCGAGGACCAUGGAAGAAUGGUUCGCGUGUCAACAAACGUGGAUAUACCUGGAGGUGAUCUUUUCCGCGCCGGACAUUCAGCGGCAACUGCCCAACGAAACGAGGCUGUUCACCAUUGUCGACAAGUCUUGGAAGGAUAUUAUGAGGAAAUUGGCCAAGGUACCGCUUGCGAUGCCCGCUGCAACACAACCGAAGUUGUACGAGGAGUUCGUUCGGAACAACGAAAUGUUGGACCAGAUCAUGAAAUGUCUCGAGGCAUACUUGGAGACAAAGCGAGUUGCUUUUCCGAGAUUUUUCUUCUUGUCGAACGACGAGUUACUCGAGAUAUUGGCUCAGACCCGUAAUCCCCACGCAGUGCAGCCUCACUUGCGCAAAUGUUUCGACGCGAUUGCCAAAUUGGAAUUCGGAGUGAAGUUGCCGGAAAGUGAGAUGGAGAUAACGGAGGACGGGACUCUGGUUGAGAAGGAGAUGUCCUUUCAAACGAGAGACAUGUUGCAGGCCAAGUUGGCUAAAUCGGCUGCUCCGGAGGACCUCACCACAGAUAUCAUUGCCAUGCUGUCGCCUGAAGGGGAGCGAGUCAAUCUCGGCAAGGGUUUAAAAGCUCGAGGUAAUGUUGAAGACUGGCUCGGUAAAGUGGAGGAGGCGAUGUUUGCGUCUGUGAAGCGAUCGAUGAAACACGCGCUCAAAGACUACUUGCUGCGGCCGCGUGUAGAAUGGGUAGAGCUACACCCUAAUCAGGUGGUCCUAACAGUCUCCCAAAUAAUGUGGGCCAAAGGCGUCCACGAAGUUUUCGACUUGGAGAUACCUCUACGCGUAGACACAGGAUUGUUGGACUACUUGCGCAAGUGCAUCGGAGAUCUGAACGACUUGGCUGCGUUGACUCGCAAAGACCUGACGUCUUUGUUUCGAAAAGUGCUCUGUGCACUCAUCACCGUGGACGUACACGCCAGAGACACAAUUGAGAAGUUGGUCGAGAAACAUGUGCAGCGCGCGAUAGACUUUGAGUGGCUUAAAAUGAUCCGUUACUACUGGGAAGAAGACUUGGAUAACUGCGUCGCGCGCAUGUCUAGCGCUAUGUAUAUUUACGGUCACGAAUAUUUAGGGGCCGGAGGUGUACUGGUGAUAACUCCGCUGACCGACCGUUGCUAUUUGUGCCUCAUGGGGGCACUGCAGUUGGACCUGGGCGGGGCGCCGGCGGGCCCGGCCGGUACCGGCAAGACUGAGACCACCAAGGACUUGGCCAAAUCGCUCGCCAUCCAGUGCGUCGUCUUCAACUGCUCUGAAGGUCUUGACUACAAGAUGAUGGGGAGGUUCUUUUCUGGCCUGGCGACGUCGGGCGCCUGGUGCUGUUUCGACGAGUUCAACAGAAUCGACAUCGAAGUGUUGUCUGUCAUUGCGCAGCAACUCAUUACUAUCAGAAACGCGAAGGUCGCCAAACAGACCAGAUUUAUGUUCGAAGGCCGCGAGAUCAAACUAGUUCGAACUUGCGCGGCCUUCAUCACCAUGAACCCUGGGUACGCCGGGAGGACCGAGCUGCCAGAUAACUUGAAGGCUCUGUUCCGACCCAUUUCCAUGAUGGUGCCUGAUUAUGCUCUGAUCGCCGAAGUGAUUCUCUACUCGGAAGGGUUCGAGUCAUCGAAGGGUCUUGCCAAGAAGAUGGUACAGAUGUACAAGUUGUCCAGCGAGCAGCUCUCUAAACAGGAUCACUACGACUUCGGCAUGCGGGCUGUCAAGAGUGUUUUGGUAAUGGCUGGGGCGCUAAAGCGGGCAAGUCCGGACCAACAUGAAGAGAAGACCUUGCUGUGCGCGCUGAACGACAGCAACUUACCCAAAUUCUUAGCAGCAGACGCCAUCCUCUUCGGCGGCAUCCUGUCCGAUCUGUUCCCGGGCGUGGACCUGCCUUUCAGGGACUACGGUGUUAUGGAGGAUGUUAUUAGGACAAUAUUACUGGAGACGAAGAAACAAAUCGAGGCGUGUCAGAUCAGGAAGGUGAUUCAGCUCCACGAGACUAUGAUAGUGCGCUGGGGCGUGAUGCUGGUGGGGCCCACUGGCGGCGGCAAGACUGUUGUUUUACACACAUUGGGUGAUACUUACACUCGGCUGUGCGAGAAUGGGGUGCCAGGCGUGCAGUACCAGAUUGUACACAAAUACAUAAUGAACCCGAAGAGCUUAUCUAUCGGCGAAUUGUACGGCGAGGUCAACUUGCAGACCCUGGAGUGGCACGACGGCAUCUUGCCGUUGUCUCUGAGGACUGCUGUGCAGUGUGAGAAGACCGAUCACCAAUGGUUGAUAUGCGACGGGCCGGUGGACGCGGUGUGGAUCGAGAACAUGAACACUGUGCUCGACGACAACAAGAUGCUGUGUCUCUCCAACUCCGAGCGGAUCAAACUCACGCCCUACGUGCAUAUGGUCUUUGAGGUAGCAGACUUGGCCCAAGCAUCGCCAGCUACCGUAUCUCGCUGUGGCAUGGUGUACAUCGACCCUCAUGAGAUGGGUUACCUCCCCUAUGUCAGGUCGUGGCUCGAGGAGGGCGUCGAGAAAAACCUCUUCACCCAGGAGAACUCAGAUUUCAUUUACGAACUCUUUCAAAUGCUGGACAAGGGGAUAAUUUUUGUAAACACCAAGUGCAUCGUUGGCAUCAAACAGGUUGACAUAAGUAAGGUAUCAGCUAUAUGCUACCUGAUGGGCGCUCUGUUGUCGGAGCCGGGCGAGCGUUUCCCUGAUAAGGCGGCUGUCAAAACUUACAUCGCGCACUGCUUUAUAUUCUGCUACGUGUGGUGCAUAGGAGGAAACAUUAUAGAGGCGAACAGAAAGCCAUUUGAAGAAGUCAUCAAGAGGCAGUUUGAGGAAUAUGAAGAAGCUGAAUACUUCCCACAAGGUUUCAACUUCUUCGACAUGUUCAUGGACACGAAGCAGCGCAAGCUGAAAGUGUGGGCGGAGAUCAUCCCGGACUUCCUGUACGACUGCAAUAGGCCGUUCUUCGAGACGUUGGUGCCGACCAUAGACACUGUCCGCUAUGGCUACCUCUUCGACAAACUGCUGGGCUCAGGAAAGCCUGUCAUGUUCACCGGAAACACAGGUGUCGGCAAAACUUGCAUAGCGGCAGAAGUACUCAACCGGAUGUCCGCUACGGGAUAUUACAUUCCGGUCAUUCUCAACUUCUCAGCACAAACUAGCAGUUCCAGGACGCAGGAAGUAAUAGAGCUCCGUUUGGACAAGCGACCACGGAAAGCUAUUGGCGCCCCCCUCGGGAAGAAAGUUAUAAUAUUCAUUGACGACGUAAAUAUGCCGCGUUUGGACGUGUAUGGUGCUCAACCGACUAUCGAACUACUUAGACAAUUUCUAGACUUCGGCGGUGUGUACGAUCGCGACAAAUUGUACUGGAAGGAGAUCUUGGACGUGGUGUUGUCGUGCGCAUGCGCACCACCCGGCGGAGGGCGAAACCCCCUCACCGCGAGGUUCGUGCGCCACUUCGCGAUGUUCUACAUAUCCGCGCCCAGCUCCGACGCCAUGAAGACUAUCUUCAAGGCUAUUCUCGGAGGUCACUUGGAGGACUUCGUGACAGAAGUGUCUGUGUUAGGCGACCCGAUAGUAAACGCCUCAGUGGACGUGUACCUUAAGAUCUGCGCGGAGUUGCUGCCGACGCCAGCCAAGUCUCACUACGUGUUCAAUCUGCGAGACUUGUCCAAGACCAUGCAAGGAGUAUUGCAAGCCAACGCUGCCUAUAUGAGGGCGCCACAGGGCAUGUUACGGUUAUUCUACCACGAGUGCCUGAGAGUAUUCCACGACCGCCUGAUCAACGUACAAGACAAGAGUUAUUUCUACAAGCUGAUGAGCACGGUCUGCGGGAAGCACUUCCAGCAGCCGAUCUUAGAGAUACCGGACGAACCCAUCAUCGAACAUCCGCCGCUACUCAUGUUCGGAGACUUCAUUAACUCGUCCAUACCCAAGGAGAAUAGGAUUUAUCAAGAGAUACCUGAUAUAAAUAAAUUAAUGAUUGUUUUGAAGGAAUACCUAGAAGAGUACAACUCCACGUCCCGUUCGGAAAUGCACCUGGUGCUGUUCCAGGACUGCGUGGAGCACGUGGUGCGAGUGGCGCGGGUGUUGCGCGCGGAGCGCGGGCACUGCCUCAUGGUGGGCCCCGGGGGCUCCGGCCGCAGGAGCGUCGCCACGCUCGCCGGACACGUCAACGAGUGCAAAUGCAUGGGCAUGGAGCUGAAACGCAAUUACGACACGCCGGAAUUCCACGACGAUUUACGCAACAUGUACAUGCGCGCCGGCGUCAACUACGAGGACACUGUGUUCCUGUUCACUGACACACAGAUCACUAAGGAGGAGUUCUUGGAGGACAUAAAUAAUAUGCUCAAUUCUGGUGAAGUGCCGAACUUGUUCGAGGGCGACUCAUACGAGCAAGUUCAGACGGGGUGCCGUAAUGAAGCCGGCAAGUCGGGCAUCAACCCCGCGGACAGAGACGCGGUAUAUUACUUCUUCAUCAACCGAGUGCGCGGGAAACUCCAUCUGUGCAUCUGUAUGAGUCCCGUGGGGGAGGCGUUCAGACGCCGAUGCCGCAUGUUCCCAUCGCUGGUUAAUUGCUGCACGAUCGAUUGGUUCACAAAAUGGCCGCCGGAGGCGCUGCUUUCGGUAGCUGAGCAAUGUCUGCAGCCCCUGGGUGACAAGAGUCUCAUACAGAAAAUAUCUCCAUUGUGCGUCACAAUGCAUUCGGAUGUGGACUUGAUGACGGAUCGAUUAUACAACGAGAUGCGACGAUACUUCUACACCACUCCGAGCAGCUAUCUCGCUCUGCUCACCUUGUACCUGGACCUGUUGGACAAGAAGCAGCAGCAGAUUAUACGAGGCAGAGAUCGUAUCUCUUGUGGCUUGCAGAAACUAUACGAGACGUAUGAAGUGGUAGGAGUGAUGGAGCAGCAGGUGCGUGAUAUGGAGCCAAUAUUGGCGCGCAAAGCUGAGGAAGGCAUAGCACUUGUCAACCGCCUGAAGGUGGAACAGAAGGCGGCUGAUCUCGUUAAGCAGGCCGUUAUGAAGGACGAGGCUGAGGCUAAGGUGAAAGCGGAGGAAGUGAAGGCGAUCGCAGACGAAGCGAAGGCUGACCUCGCGCUGGCCAUGCCCGCGAUGGACGCCGCGCAGCAAGCCUUGAAGGCGCUCAACAAAGCCGACAUAAAUGAAUUGAAGGCCUUCCAAAAGCCCCCUGCUCUUGUGCGCUUCGUCAUGGAGCCCAUCUGCAUACUGUUUGGGGCCAAACCUGAUUGGGACAACACGAAAAAGCUACUAGCUGAUGUUAAUUUCAUUGGGAAGCUGGAGGAGUACGACAAGGAUCAUAUACCAGAUGCGAUCCUAAAGAAAAUAAAAGUAUAUUUGGUCCACAAAGACUUCAAUCCGGAAACCGUAGUCAAAGUUUCAAAAGUAUGCCGUUCUAUGGUCCUAUGGGUGCAGGCUAUUGACAUGUACGCGAAAGUAUUCCGCAUUGUGGAACCCAAGAUUAUUGCACACAAGGAAGCAGCCUCGACCCUCAAAGGAGUGAUGGCGGUAUUGCGAGCGAAGCAGAAGGAAGUCGAAGCUAUUGAAGCUCAAUUGGCAAAAAUGUUAGACGAAUUGCGGGUGGUGGAAGAGGAAAGGGUGAAGCUACAAGCUGACGUGGACUUGGCAGCGGCGCGGCUGUCUCGCGCGGGCAAGCUCACGCAAGCGCUGGCUGACGAACAGACCCGCUGGGAGGACAGUGUCGCGAAUGCAACACAUCAACUUUACUGUACUACGGGAGACAUAAUAGUUGCAUCUGGAUGCAUCGCAUAUUUCGGCGCUUUUCCUUCGGCUUUCCGCCGGGAGCUCGAAGUCAAGUGGAUCAACCAAUGCAAGGAAUUGGAGAUACCGGCAUCGGACAGUUUUGACUUGAUUGCCAUAAUGGCAGACUCGUAUACUGUGCGACAGUGGAACUCUCAGGGGUUGCCGCGCGACGCCGUAUCCACUGAGAACGGCAUCCUGGUGACCCGGGCGGGCCGUUGGCCGCUCACCAUCGACCCCCAGGAGCAGGCGAACAGAUGGAUAAAGAACAUGGAGCGCGACCACGGGCUGAUGAUCACGAAGCUGAACGACCCGACGUAUUUGCGUGUGCUGGAGAACUGCAUCCGGCUCGGCUGGCCCAUGCUCAUCGAGGACCUGGGCGAGACCCUGGAGGCCACACUGGCGCCAGUGUUGCUUAAACAGACCUUCUUGCAGGCGGGCCGGCUGCUGAUCCACCUGGGUGACAGCGACAUCGAGUACGACACCAACUUCCGACUGUACCUGACGACCAAGCUUGCCAAUCCCCACUACUUGCCAGAGAUAUGCAUCCAGGUUACUCUGGUCAACUUCACUGUAACACUCUCUGGCCUGGAAGACCAACUGCUGGCAGACGUGGUGAGACUGGAGCGCCCGGACUUGGAGCUGCUGCGUACGGAGCUGAUCGUGCGCAUCAACACGGACAAGGCCACGCUGCUGGAGAUCGAGGAUAAGAUCCUGCGGCUUCUGUAUGCCUCCUCCGGCAACAUCCUCGACGACGAGGAGCUCAUUGAGACGCUCAACGAGAGUAAGGAAACAUCGGAAAUUAUAAACGCGCGUCUGGAGGAGACGGAAGCAACGGAAAUCAGCAUUUCGGCCGCUCGUGAGAAGUACCGCGCGGUGGCGACCCGCGGCGCCGUGCUUUACUUCGCCGUGGCACAACUCGCUGACAUCGACCCUAUGUACCAGUUCUCACUCAAAUACUUCAAUCAAGUAUUCAACUUGGUAAUAGAGAAGAGUGAGAAAUGCGACGUCCUGGAAACUCGGCUGGAGAUCCUGUACCGGGAGAUCACGCUAUCCGUGUACCGGAACGUGUCCCGUGGUCUGUUCGAGCGGCACAAGCUGGUGUUCAGCUUCCUGCUUAACAUGGCCAUCUACCUGGAUGCGGGACUCGUCACCCCAGACCAGUGGAACUUCAUACUGCGCGGCCCCGCUGGUACUAAAGUCGUGCCCCCUAAAAAGCCUCCAAUAGAAACGUUAACAGACGCAAUAUGGCUAGCAGCAAACCACUUGCAAGAAACGGACCCGUCCUUCGAAGGCCUGGUUGCUGACUGCCUGAAGAAGAUACCUAUUACACUGGGUUCUUUCAGUGUGGAUAUUCACGUAAAUCAACAAGAAAAAGGUGUUCCAGCAAUUAAUUGGAAUGAGAAACUUACGACUUUUGAGAAGUUAAUGAUAAUAAAGAGCUUAAAGGAGGAGAAGUUAGUGUUCGCCAUCGCACAGUACGUGAGCAUAAGCCUGGGGUCAGUUUUCAUUGAGAGUCCGACCGUUCAGUUGAACACUCUCUAUGCAGACACUACAAAUAUCAUUCCAUUGGUAUUUGUUUUGAGCACGGGAUCAGAUCCAUUUGGAGCAUUCCAGAAAUUCGCAUCGGAGAUGGGAAUGCGCGAACGCGUGCGAUCCAUAUCUUUGGGUCAAGGACAAGGCCCGGUUGCGGAAAAAAUGAUUAACACAGCCAAACCAAAGGGAGACUGGGUUUUCCUACAGAACUGUCACUUAGCAGCAUCGUGGAUGCUUAAUUUAGAAUUGAUUGUGGCUAACUUAGGGAACGAACAAUCCCUGCCACAUAUAGACUUCAGGCUAUACCUUAGCUCAAUGCCUACGCCCAAGUUCCCUGUAUCUGUCCUGCAAAACUCUGUCAAAGUCACUAAUGAGCCGCCUAAAGGCUUGAAAGCUAAUGUGAAACGAGCUUUGAUUGAAAUGGAAGAAGACUUUUUUGAAAAUCAUGUUCUUGGCCAAGAUUGGCGAACGAUGUUGUUUGGUAUUUGCAUGUUUCACGCAAUAAUUCAAGAGCGUAAGAAGUUUGGUCCUCUCGGGUGGAACAUCACGUACGAGUUCAAUAAUAGCGACCGUGAAUGUGCCAUGCUGAAUCUGCAAAUGUUUUGCGAGGACGGACAUAUACCCUGGGAUGCACUGGAAUAUAUAACUAGUUCUAUAACAUACGGAGGACGUGUUACAGACAUGUGGGAUCAACGCUGCCUGACGACUAUUUUGAAAUUGUUUUUCUCUCCCCCUAUUUUAGAAGAAGGUUAUACUUAUUCAAAAUCUGGCAUUUACUAUUGUCCUGUAGCGGAAAAGUUGGAAACAUACCGCGAAUAUAUUGAAACGUUACCAGUUAUCGAGAGUCCAGAAGUAUUCGGUAUGCACGAAAACGCCAAUAUAGCAUUUGAGAAUAAAGAAACAAACACGUUGAUCCAGACGAUAGUAGACGUGCAACCGCGUUCUGGGGGCGGCGGGGGCGGCGACACCCCCGACCAGAUUGUGUGGCGCAUAUGUGACCAGACACGCGCCACGGUGCCGCACAAGAUCGACAAGACGCUCAUCAACCCCGACCUGAUGAUACCCAACGACGCCGGCCAGCUGCACUCGCUCACCACUGUCCUCAUCCAUGAAACGGACCGAUUUAACACACUGCUCGCGUUGAUACAUUCAUCGCUAAAUGAAUUGCAAAAAGCAAUAAAGGGUAUAGUAGUUAUGUCUGAAGAUUUCGAAGCAGUAUUCAACGCCUUCCUAAACAACAGAGUGCCCGCUAUGUGGCACAAAAAAGGUUACAACUCGCUGAAGUCUCUCGGAAGCUGGAUACACGACUUAACGCUAAGAGUGGAUUUUAUAGAGAAAUGGUUGGUAGAUAAAGCUCAGCCCAGCAGCUGGGUAUCGGGACUAUUUUUCCCUCAAGGAUUAUUGACGGGGUCGCUGCAGUCCUACGCUCGUCGGUACCGUGUACCCAUUGACGCUCUCAUGUUUGAUUUUACACCCAUACCUUUCAUACUCUCUCAAGAAGACAUCUACAAACAAAACAAAAAGAAAGCUAAGGAUGAGGGAGGAGACGACGUAUACGGCGACUUGGAGCUGCCCGAGGACGGGGUCAACAUCCACGGCCUCUUCAUAGACGCUGGCCGGUGGGACAUGAAAAACAAUUGCUUGGUGGACGCCUUGCCAGGUCAGAUGAACCCUCCUCUGCCAGUGGUGUGGUUCAGGCCAGUGCUGGAGCUGCCGAAGCCGGAUCCCCGCUACGAGGCGCCCAUGUACAAGACGUCGGAGCGCGCGGGCACGCUGUCCACCACCGGACACAGCACCAACUUCGUGCUGCCCGUGCUGCUGCCCGCCACGGAGCCCUCCGCGUACUGGAUUAUACGUGCCACGGCACUCCUCACACAAAUUACAGACUAAAAUUUGCACCUGUAACUACCCCCGAUUUGAGCCCUAAAAACAUGAAUCCUUCGAAUGAUAAAUCGGACAUCCGUCCGGUUUUUGACCAUGGAGAUUCUAUAUUACAAAGACUGUCUAUGAGAGGGUUUUUUACAUUUAUGGUACGUAUUUACAGCUUUAUGUGUGCAGGCCAAAACACCCGUAUUCUCAGUCCUUACCUUAAUUCCUCCACUUAAUUUUGAAAUAACAUAUCUCAAUCUAACAUCCAAUCAAAUACCUAUUAAAUUUGCUAACCACGCCCAAUCGAUAUAUAUAAAACUCAUCCAUUACUGACUGACUGACAAGACAAUUUUAGCUUUCUACGCCCAGUAGUUUCGGCUAUACGUUUCAAAUCAAAUCAAUCAUUUAUUUGUCAGAAUACAGAUUUACAAUCACGUUGAGCAGAAACUACUGGGCGUAGAAAGCUGAAAUUUGGCAUGUGGGUUCCCUGGGGGGUGUAGAAGAGCACUAAGGGAUUUCCUGAAAUUCCCACGGGAAACGUAUUAUACUCACAUAAGUUAUGGGCAAAAACUAGUUGAGCAUAAUAUCGAAAUAUCAGUUCAAGGAAUAAGAAAUAUAUUUGAUCUGACGACCAAAAAAUGAAACUUUCUAAAUUUCGAAGAUUACAAAUUUAUUGAACCGCAGCGACCGGAUAUAUUUUGAUAUUGCAUAAUGUUUGGCAUGUUAAUCGUAAGCCGGGUCCGCAGCGCCAAUUUUCUAACAAAACAUAAAUAGGUUUUAUUUAUUUGUUCAUCUGUACCACACAAAUACAUUCAGCCGUCCCGGUUUUAAAAGGACUAGACUAAACUCGAAAUUUUGGGUCUGACCGAGAGACUGACGGUGGUCGAAAGCGCUCUAAUUCUCCCGGUCAAACCCAAUACUUUGAUGUUAGCGUACUUAUAUUAUCCUCCUAAGUUUAAUAUGGCAAACAUUAUUGCCAUACAAAUAAAAGCGAUAUUAUAAAUAGAUUGAUCAAAGUAUUAGGUAAUAAAAAAAAAUAGUUUUCACUUUCGUAAAUCCACUGUAUCGUCGAUGGUCCAGAGUAUGUUCGAUCGAAUAGGUUCCCUUAAGAGCCUUCACCCGGACUAUGAGGAAGAUACACAGGGCGUUGAGGGGCGCGUCGAGCGUUUCCAAUCAACGAAUUAGUACGUUAGUUUUAGACCCGCCCAAUGAGUGAGGAUGUCACACUCAAGUAAAGAUUUAAGAAUACGGGUGUAUAAGUGAGUCGAGAAUUAAUUUAUUGACUAUUUUAAAUAAAAAUACGACUUCCGGCUAUGAUGGUAAAUAGAUUUCAUUUACAUCACGUUUCAAAGGUUUUUGUAUAUAAUUCAUGUUUAUCUUUAAUUUAUUUUUAAAAUGUUGAUUUAUAUUAAAUGAAUAUUAGAAUCACAAAUUUGUUCUAUUUCGGAACCCCCAAUGAAGUUAUAAAAUGAUUUUACUCAAACUAAACUAUACACUCUGGGUCUGACUCACACAAGUGGGCUUAAAGUUAAUACUCUAAGCCCACGUUUGUCAUGAAUUUGACCUCGCAAAAAAUUGUGAAUAUUUCAUAAACGAUUUAACCGAUUUUGUUUCCCUACGAACUUAUCUCAUGCCAUACCAUACCUUUUAAAUUCAUCAAAAUCAAAUUAAUAGUUCGAAAGUUAUCGUGUUACAUACAUACAAAUAAAAAAAUAUCGAUAUUUUAGGAAUUUUGUGAUAAAUCACAAUACACAAAAAAGGGACACACCCAAAGUAUCUAUGUAGUAAAAUAGUCUUUAGUACCAUGCAAAUUUGAGUUUAUUAUUGUUUGUCAGGCAUUUCGUAGUAAUAAUCUAUACAGUUGUACGAAGUACUUUCCAUGAUUUGAUCUGACAUGUGACACACAUGCGUGUAGUAUGCGUUUUUAAAAUUUCAUUACUUAAACGCUGUCAAUCUUCCUGUCAAACGCAAUAUUUUGAUGUCAGUAUGUAAUAGCAUACUUAAGUCCAAUACGGCCAACCAUUGAUUAAAAAAUAAAAUUAAAAUUGCAAUGUUAGCUUUCGUCAGUCCAUAGUGAUAUUCGAUCUAAUAGGUUCAAGGGCCUCCUCCCAGAUUAUGAGGAAGAUUCACGGGGCGUAGCGCGGCGCAUCGAGCGUGACCGUGCAACGUUUUAGACCCGCCCAAUGAGUGAGGCCAUGUCAAACUCAAGUCUAGUAGAGAUAUUAGAAUACGGUUACUUAAAUGGCGUGAUCCUAUAAAAAAGGGCAUACGAUUGAGACUAAUAAUUUGUUUGAAUCAGAUUUAUUUAUUUAAACUGGUUUAAUUUUUUGUAUGUCGAACAAUGACAGAACACAAAUGUAUUGUUAUAACUAUGAAGAACAUAGAAAGGAAAUAUUUAAAGGCGAGUCCUGUGUGGAGGCGACAUCUAGUCGCGGUUCACUUCAUAUUACCACAUUACACUACACUAGAGUAACAGUGGGCGCGCCGGCAGGCUGCUACACAGUAGAGCAGGCCUGCGACUGAACCCUAAAUAAUAUAAAUUACGUGAUUUAUAAACAGCGUGCAUCUAAAUAAUUACAAGUAUCUCCACACAGAUCUACACAUACAAUUAUUUACUAUUAUUAUGUGUGAAGUGAAUGAAUAUCACAGUACUUACUUCUGUUAAUUUACAUAAGAUUGGUGUUGAAAGGUAUAUGUAUCUAUUAAAUUAUAUUAGCCCUAUAUAUUUAAAAAAGAAAACAAAACAUUCUAAGAGAGGAGUUCGUUUACCUAACAAUUUUCUAAUUAAACUCGUGAAAAUCUUCGUCCUAUAAUAAAGUUCGUAUUUCUUUUCUGAAACUGUGUAAGCAAGUCGUAUUAUUUUAGUAUUGUUACAAGUAUGAAACUUAAAAAUAUAAAGAAAUACAUUUUAUUAUA